GGCUCUCGGGAUGCAGGGAUCCGGCGUGGUGGCAGAUGAUGGGCACAAACACCCGGGCCCCUCACUGCCCUCUGCCCACCGCUCCCACACUCAGUGGAUUAGAGGCGCCCUCGGGCGGAGCCCGGCCGGCAACCAGCCGCUGACUCCCACCUUCGGACGAAGCCGGGUCCCCCAGUUCCGCUUGGGCGCGAAAUAGGAGGCCCCAGCCUCCAGCGUCCCGGGGUUUGGGGAGCGCACCUGACCCGGCGGGCGUGGCUACGGGCGUGGCGGCGGGGCUGACGUGGCCCCGCGGCGUGGAACGGGCGUGAUUCAUCAGUGGCCGCGGAACGCGAUGGGGACGAGCGCAGCGGCCGCCUAGGCGCGUCCUCCGCACGCUCUCCCAGUCGGGUGGCCCGGCUCUGGGAUAGGCCAAGAUGGAAGAGAUCUUGAGGAAGCUGCAGAGGGACGCGUCCGGGAGCAAAUACAAAGCCAUCAAGGAGAGCUGCACCUGGGCCUUGGAAACCCUGAGUGGCCUGGACACCAUUGUGAAGAUCCCUCCCCACUUGCUGAGGGAGAAAUGCUUGCUGCCUCUCCAGUUGGCUUUGGAGUCAAAGAACGUGAAGCUGGCCCAACAUGCUUUGGCAGGGAUGCAGAAGCUCCUGGCAGAAGAGAGGUUCGUAUCCAUGGAGACAGACUCCGAUGAGAAGCAGCUGCUCAAUCAGAUCCUGAAUGCCGUGAAAGUGACGCCUUCGCUCAAUGAAGACCUGCAGGUGGAAGUGAUGAAGGUUUUACUGUGCAUCACCUACACCCCAACAUUUGACCUGAAUGGGAGUGCUGUGUUGAAGAUUGCAGAGGUGUGCAUCGAGACCUACACAUGCUGCUGUCACCAGCGCAGCAUCAACACGGCCGUGCGCGCCACCCUCAGUCAGAUGUUGAGCGACCUGACUUUACAGUUACGACAGAGGCAGGAGAACACGAUCAUUGAAAACCCAGAUGCCCCGCAGGAAUUCGGCAGUCAAGGCUUAACAGUAGAGGCCCUUUGUGAUGAUGUUGUCUCUGUCCUGGCUGUCCUGUGUGAGAAGCUACAAGCCUCCAUAAAUGACAGCCAGCAGCUGCAGCUUCUGUACCUGGAAUGCAUUCUCUCCAUGCUCAGCAGCUCCUCCUCCUCCAUGUACCUGCACAGGGGCUUCACUGACCUCAUCUGGAAAAGCCUCUGUCCUGCUCUCAUUGUGAUCCUGGGGAACCCCAUUCACGACAAAACCAUCACUUCUGCUCACAGCAGCAGCACCGGCACCAACAUGGAGUCUGACUCUGCCUCUCCUGGUGUGUCUGACCACGGCCGAGGCUCGGGUUGCUCUUGUACUGCGCCUACCCUCAGUGGACCUGUGGCCCGCACCAUCUAUUACCUUGCAGCUGAGCUCGUCCGCUUAGUGGGGUCAGUGGAUUCCAUGAAGCCCGUGCUCCAGUCCCUCUAUCACCGAGUGCUCCUGUAUCCCCCACCCCAGCACCGUGUGGAAGCCAUCAAGAUCAUGAAAGAGAUACUUGGAAGCCCACAGCGUCUGUAUGACUUGGCAGGACCAAGCUCUACUGAGUCAGAACCAAGGAAAAGAUCCAUUUCCAAAAGAAAGUCUCACUUGGAUCUUCUCAAACUCAUCAUGGAUGGCAUGACGGAAGCUUGCAUCAAAGGUGGCAUUGAAGCCUGUUACGCUGCUGUGUCCUGCGUCUGCACCUUGCUCGGGGCCCUGGAUGAACUCAGCCAGGGGAAGGGCUUGAAUGAGAGACAAGUACAGCUCCUGCUUCUGCGGCUUGAAGAGCUGAGGGAUGGGGCCGAGCCAAGCCGCGACUCCAUGGAGAUCAACGAGGCUGACUUCCGCUGGCAGCGGCGAGUGCUGUCUUCGGAGCACACGCCAUGGGAGUCAGGCAAUGAGAGGAGCCCAGACAUCAGCAUCAGUGUGACCACAGACACUGGCCAGACUACCUUGGAGGGAGAAUUAGGUCAGACAACACCAGAGGACCACAAGAACGGGCUCAAGUCACCAGCCAUUCAGGAAGGCAAGGAGACCAUGAGCAAAGUGUCAGAACCUGAGGCCAUCGACCAGCCUGAUGUAGUUCAGAGAAGCCACACAGUCCCUUACCCUGACAUCACUAACUUCCUGUCAGUAGACUGCAGGAUGAGGUCCUAUGGAUCCAGGUACAGCGAGAGCAACUUCAGUGUCGAUGACCAAGACCUGUCGAGGACAGAAUUUGAUUCCUGUGAUCAGUAUUCCAUGGCAGCAGAAAAGGACUCGGGUAGGUCGGAUGUGUCAGACAUUGGGUCGGACAACUGUUCACUGGCUGAUGAAGAGCAGACCCCUCGGGACUACAUGGGCCAUCGGUCCCUGCGAACGGCUGCUCUGUCUCUCAAGCUGCUGAAGAACCAGGAGGCUGACCAGCACAGUGCACGGCUGUUUGUGCAAUCCCUCGAGGGCCUCCUUCCCCGGCUCCUAGCCCUGUCCAGUGUGGAAGAGGUGGACUCUGCCCUUCAGAACUUUGCCUCCACUUUCUGCUCAGGCAUGAUGCACUCUCCUGGCUUUGAUGGAGGGAGCAGCCUGAGCUUCCAGAUGCUGAUGAAUGCAGACAGCUUGUACACCGCGGCACACUGUGCCCUACUGCUCAACCUCAAGCUCUCCCAUGGCGACUACUACCGGAAGCGGCCAACCCUGGCACCAGGCAUGAUGAAAGAGUUCAUGAAACAGGUGCAGACCAGUGGCGUGCUGAUGGUCUUCUCCCAGGCCUGGAUUGAGGAGCUGUACCACCAGGUGCUCGACAGAAACAUGCUGGGUGAAGCUGGCUACUGGGGCAGCCCUGAGGACAACAGCCUUCCCCUCAUCACCAUGCUCACUGAUAUUGAUGGCUUAGAGAGCAGUGCCAUUGGGGGCCAGCUGAUGGCAUCUGCUUCCGUGGAGUCGCCUUUCACCCAGAGCAGGAGAAUUGAUGAUUCCACAGUAGCAGGUGUGGCCUUUGCACGUUAUAUUUUGGUUGGCUGCUGGAAGAACCUGAUUGACACGCUGUCAACCCCCUUGACUGGCCGAAUGGCAGGAAGCUCUAAGGGGCUGGCCUUCAUCCUAGGAGCUGAGGGCAUCAAAGAGCAGAACCAGAAGGAACGGGAUGCCAUCUGCAUGAGCCUCGAUGGGCUUCGGAAAGCCGCACGGCUGAGCUGUGCGCUAGGGGUCGCUGCUAAUUGCGCUUCAGCUCUUGCCCAGAUGGCAGCCGCCUCCUGUGUCCAGGAAGAGAAAGAAGAAAGGGAAGUCCAGGAGCCUGGUGAUGCCAUAGCACAAGUGAAGCUGAAGGUGGAGCAGAAACUGGAGCAGAUGGGGAAGGUGCAGGGGGUGUGGCUGCACACGGCCCACGUCUUGUGCAUGGAUGCCAUCCUCAGCGUAGGCCUGGAGAUGGGAAGCCACAACCCGGACUGCUGGCCACAUGUGUUCAGGGUAUGUGAGUAUGUGGGCACAUUGGAGCACACCCACUUCAGCGACGGUACCUCCCAGCCCCCUCUGACCAUCCGUCAGCCACAGAAGACAUCUGGGAGCUCUGGCCUCCUUGGGGACCUUGAGUGUGAGGACUUAUCUCAGGAGCAGAUCCUGGAGCAGGGCCCCUCCCUGAGCACAGCCCCUGUGGUCCAGCCACGCUCCAUCCAGGAGCUGGUUCGGGAAUGUAGCCGGGGCCGGACCUCAGACUUCCGGGGAGGCAGUCUGAGUGGGAACAGUGCUGCCAAGGUGGUACUCUGCCUUUCCACCCAGGCUGACAGGCUCUUUGACGAUGCUACAGACAAGUUGAACCUGUCGGCCUUGGGAGGGUUCCUCUACCAGUUAAAGAAAGCCUCUCAGUCCCAACUUUUCCACUCCGUGACAGACACAGUCGAUUACUCUCUGGCAAUGCCAGGAGAAGUUAAGUCCACCCAGGAUCGCAAAAGUGCUCUGCACCUCUUCCGCCUGGGGGACGCCAUGCUGAGGAUCGUGAGGAGCAAGACACGGCCCCUGCUCCACGUGGUGCGCUGCUGGAGCCUUGUGGCACCGCACCUGGUGGAGGCCGCCUGCCAUAAGGAGCGCCACGUGUCUCAGAAGGCGGUUUCCUUCAUCCACGAUAUCCUGACCGAGGUUCUCACAGACUGGAGGGAGCUGCCUCACUUCCACUUUAACGAAGCGCUCUUCCGGCCCUUUGAGCGGAUCAUGCAGUUGGAGCUGUGUGAUGAAGAUGUUCAAGACCAGGUGGUCACCUCCAUCGGGGAGCUGGUUGAGGUGUGCUCCACGCAGAUCCAGUCAGGCUGGAGACCCCUGUUCAGUGCUCUGGAAACAGUGCACAGUGGGAACAAGUCGGAGGUGAAGGAGUACCUGGUUGGGGACUACUCCAUGGGAAAAGGCCAGGCCCCUGUGUUUGAUGUGUUCGAAGCCUUCCUCAACACUGACAACAUCCAGGUUUUCGCGAACGCAGCCACUAGUUACAUCAUGUGCCUUAUGAAGUUUGUCAAAGGACUGGGGGAGGUAGACUGUAAAGAAAUUGGAGACUGUGUCCCUGGAGUGGGAGCCACGUCCACAGACCUGUGCCUGCCUGCUUUGGAUUACCUCAGACGUUGUUCUCAGUUAUUGGCCAAGAUCUACAAAAUGCCCUUAAAGCCAAUAUUCCUAAGCGGGCGACUUGCCAGCUUGCCACGAAGGCUUCAGGAGCAGUCGGCGAGCAGUGAGGACGGGAUUGAAUCUGUCCUGUCGGAUUUUGAUGACGACACUGGUCUGAUAGAAGUUUGGAUCAUCCUGUUGGAGCAGCUAACCGCAGCUGUGUCCAACUGUCCACGGCAACACCAACCACCAACCUUAGAUUUACUCUUCGAGCUGUUGAGAGAUGUUACCAAAACACCUGGCCCAGGGUUUGGAAUCUAUGCAGUUGUUCACCUUCUUCUUCCUGUGAUGUCUCUGUGGCUCCGGCGUAGCCACAAGGACCAUUCCUACUGGGAUGUAGCAUCUGCUAACUUCAAGCAUGCCAUCGGUCUGUCCUGCGAGCUGGUGGUGGAGCACAUUCAAAGCUUUCUACACUCAGACAUCAGGUAUGAGAGCAUGAUCAACACCAUGCUGAAAGAUCUCUUUGAGCUGCUGGUGGCAUGUGUGGCCAAGCCCACAGAAACCAUCUCCAGAGUGGGCUGCUCCUGCAUUAGGUAUGUCCUUGUGACAGCGGGUCCUGUGUUCACUGAGGAAAUGUGGCGACUUGCGUGCUGUGCCCUGCAGGAUGCCUUCUCUGCCACGCUCAAACCAGUGAAGGACCUGCUAGGCUGCUUCCACAGUGGCACAGAGGGCUUCAGUGGGGAAGGCUGCCAGGUACGGGUAGCAGCCCCAUCCUCCUCCCCGAGUGCUGAGGCAGAGUACUGGCGCAUCCGGGCCAUGGCCCAGCAGGUGUUUAUGUUGGACACCCAGUGCUCGCCAAAGACUCCAAACAACUUUGAUCAUGCUCAGUCAUGCCAGCUCAUCAUUGAACUGCCUCCUGAUGAGAAACCCAAUGGGCACGCCAAGAAAAGCGUUUCUUUCAGGGAGAUCGUGGUGAGCUUGCUGUCCCACCAAGUACUGCUCCAGAACCUGUACGAUGUCCUGCUGGAAGAAUUUGUCAAAGGCCCCUCUCCAGGAGAGGAGAAGACGUCGGUCCAAGUGCCAGACACCAAGCUGGCGGGCUUCCUCAGAUACAUCUCCAUGCAGAACCUGGCUGUGAUAUUUGACCUGCUGCUGGACUCCUACAGGACUGCCCGGGAAUUCGACACGAGCCCAGGCCUGAAGUGCCUGUUGAAGAAAGUGUCCGGCAUCGGAGGGGCCGCCAACCUGUACCGCCAGUCGGCCAUGAGCUUUAACAUCUACUUUCAUGCCCUGGUGUGCGCGGUUCUCACCAACCAAGAAACGAUCACUGCCGAGCAAGUGAAGAAGGUCCUCUUCGACGAGGAGGAAAGAAGCUCUGAUUCCUCACCGCAGUGCUCUUCGGAGGACGAAGACAUCUUUGAGGAGACGGCACAGGUGAGCCCCCCGCGAGGCAAGGAGAAAAGGCAAUGGAGGGCACGCCUGCCGUCGCUCAGCGUGCAGCCGGUGAGCAACGCAGACUGGGUGUGGCUGGUCAAGAGACUACACAAGCUGUGCAUGGAGCUCUGUAACCACUAUAUCCAGAUGCACCUGGACCUGGAGAGCAGCUUGGAGGAGCCACCCACCUUCAAGAGCGACCCGUUCUUCAUCCUCCCUUCCUUCCAGUCUGAGUCGUCCACACCGUCCACGGGUGGCUUCUCCGGGAAAAAUACGCCCUCGGAAGAUGACCGCAGGGAGCACCUGAGUGAGCCCCUGAGCCUGAGGGUGGGCAGCGGGGACACGCUGAUGCUGCCUCCCAGCCCCAAGACGGAGAAGAAGGAUCCGGGCCGCAAGAAAGAGUGGUGGGAAAGCGCCGGGAACAAGAUUUGCACCAUGGCUGCUGACAAGACCAUCUCAAAGCUGAUGACCGAGUACAAGAAAAGGAGGCAGCCGCACAACCUGCCUGCCUUCCCCAAGGACGUCAAGGUGGAUAAGAAGGGGGAGCCCCUGGGGCCCCGUGGUCCGGAUUCUCCACUGCUUCAGCGGCCGCAGCAUCUCAUGGACCAAGGGCAGAUGCGCCAUUCCUUCAGCGCAGGCCCAGAGCUGCUGCGGCAGGAAAAGAGGCCCCGCUCGGGCUCCACCGGGAGCUCCCUGAGUGUCUCUAUUCGAGAUGCAGAAGCACAGAUCCAGGCAUGGACCAACAUGGUGCUAACUGUUCUCAAUCAGAUUCAAAUCCUUCCAGACCAGACCUUCACAGCUCUCCAGCCAGCAGUGUUCCCAUGCAUCAGCCAGCUGACCUGUCACGUGACUGACAUCAGAGUUCGUCAAGCUGUGAGGGAAUGGCUGGGAAGAGUGGGCCGUGUCUACGAUAUCAUUGUUUAGAGGACUCAGAUCUCUGUGGUCAGAGUCUGCCUGUCCAUCCAGCUGAUUGCAUUUUUCCUCCCACCAGCCCACUCAGACUAGGUCUCUGAGAAACUAGUUCUCUGAAACCUAGGACAAAGCUUUUUCCAAUUUUUUUUAGUUAGCCUUGGGCUAGCCUGGAUGCCAAAAUGGUAUCCAAGUGACAUGGUGAUCUCUGGCCUUGCACAUUAUUACAGAAGAAUCUGCAUUCCUUGAUACAUUUCUAAAUCUAAACUUAAUUUCCAAGUGCAUUUGCUUGCAGUAUUAUACCCAAAUGGGUCGUUUUUAACAACUCUCCUUGAGAAGCCCUAGGCUGGUCCAUUUAAUCCAUCAUUUUCAAAAUCAAUGUAAGUCCUAAGGAAACAUUUGCUGGUAAGUCAAGCUGAUAAACAUUUGAUCAGAAGAAUUUUUAUAUUCUGAUAGUUUGGUUGGGAAGGAAACUGCAAAAGUGUAUUUUUCCAGUGUUCUAAUCAAGAAAAAUGACUUCUAAAAUGUAUUCAGGAACAUUUCAACAUUAUGCUUAAGUUGUAAAGAGUUUCAGGUUAUUAAUAACAACUUCCCCAGGUAAGGUACAGUUGUGCCUUUAUUUCUCUGUCUCGAAAGGAAGGAAAUUCUUUCCUAGCAUGACUUUUAAGUCUGUGGCUCGCAGCACUUGAAGCACCCAGGGGUGCGCACAGUCACAAGACUUUGAUACUGACUAUCCUGUGUCCCAUGAGUCUUUGCUUCUGUUCCCAAGGCAGGCAAAGAAAAAUGGUGCCUUAGUCUUUUUGUUGCACAGACAUUUCUAUGCCCCACAAUUAUCUGAACAUAAGGUAUGACACUCAGAGUUUAAGUAAGAUUAAGAUGCAAUUCAUUUUAUAGCCGUAUCCUUGGAGGAACUCAGUCCUCCACCUGGUGAGCAUACUUCUCAGGGGAGGGGCAGGAAGUGUGGGAGGGGGAUGCAGCUGGAAGGGGUGGGCUAGGGACUGUGACAGAAUCGUUGUUAAUCUUCAGCUACAACACAGUUGUGAAAUGAUGGUGUUGGUUAUGCAAACUCUGGACUGAAUGGGAAGGGACAAAAUGAAUUUAGAAAACUAUUUUUUUUCUAUAUAUAAAACCUCUCUAGCAGAUUUAUUCUCUUUUAACUCAUGUUAUUCAGGCCAAUAUUUUAAAUGUAUAUUUCUUUUUCUAAGUAUUAUUAGAAAAUUCAUUUGAAACAUAGAAUCAUAUCUAUUGGGGGUUAGGAAUUGAGUCUGAGGUUCAGUCCUUCAUACUUAGGAACCACUGAGCUUCCCCACAGCCCUUACCAUAUAUUUUAUACAUUUCUUACAUUAUAAUAAAAACUAAAACUUUUCAGACAAGCCCACUUACACUCUACAGUGUAGGAUCAGUUACUGAGGCAGAUGUGGCAUUGCCUAAAAAUGUAUUCACACAUCCUCUAAAAAUGAAACUUCUGCUCUUCAGUAUUGAAGGACUUAACAGAGGUUGAACUUUAUCCAGUGAUAAUAUUCAUAAAUGUUGCCCUCCCUAAGAACUACAUAGCUAUCUACAAGGUCAAAGCAAGGUGCUUUGGCUUGCUUGGGUGGUCACAAAGAAACCUCCAUUCAGCAUGCCUCCUAAGCAGAUCACCGAAUCUGGGGGACGUUUUCCUAGUCCCACAAAACAAUCUCUGCCUUCAGAGACAGGGAUUCAACUUGGGUAGUAAUCCAAGUUUAAAAACUGAUCUAAACAGAUGUUUUGGCUUCUCUGUUUUCUACUGCUAGGAAUCAAACCAGGGUCCCAUAAAAGGCACACAAAUGUUCUCCACCACUGAGCUGGAUCCCCAUCUCUCAACUGUAUUUGUUUGAAUAAGCAAUGAAUUCUUUUAUCUACAAUUUUAGAUUUUAUAUACCUUGUAAGUAUAGUUGAGAGUUAAAGAUUUUGCUUUGUUUUUGUCUUUCUCCACAAAAGCAGCAUAGUUUUGUUGAGUUACAGCUGUUUAAUUUUAUCAAUUCUUGGGGGAUCUGUUCUUGGUCGGCCUCUAAGUACCUCACUUUACUGGAAAGAGCUUGGUUAACCAGAUUACAGAAUUUCAGCAUGUCCCACAAUGUGACCUUUCGUGAAACAUAAAAGCCAGUUUCCUUGUGCAUAUGUCCCAGAAGUAAGAGCAUGCUCUCCCACAGACUGGCUAGAAAAGCAUGCAAGACUAAUUUGUGCAAAUGUUCUCUAACAUCUGGAUUGUGGCCUGAGAAUAAAACGAUGAGAUGUAGCCAAUGUUGGACCCAGGAGGUCCUCACCUGCAAUGUUGUCAGCAAUGGCCGAUCCUCUCGGAGUCCAUUCCAAGUCCUGCAUUGUUCUCAGAUCACCCCCAAAGCUCUCUGUACUCCAGAAAAGACAUCUGCAUCCUUCAGAGUCCAGCUAGAGGGAGGGAUUUAUAGUUUCAAAUGGAACAUGGAUCAAUGCAAAGUAAUUGCCAAUGAGUAGUAGUCCUUCAGGUGAGAGGACACACAGGUAACCAGGCCCCUCCCCUCACUACCAAUCAGUCCCUCUCAGUAUCUAGUCUCUGCCUUUACCCUUCUCUUCUUGCACUCAGUUUCUGAAUGGAACCAGUGUUGUUUCCUGAGUCACUUAAGCUGAAGGUUAAGGUGGGGUUUUGAACUUUAAAACGGUCAUCAUCACUGUAUGUAGGAAGGCGAGAAGAAGCACGUUGCUUCGCUUAUAUUUACUGCCAAAGUUGUAUUGCUUGAGGUUGAAAUAUUUUGCCUCCUUUUCUUAGAGAACUGUACAUCAUGAAAUAGGGAACCCAGUACCACAUAAACCAGGCAGCAUGGUGCCUAGCUAUCAUCCCAGCAUGAUGCACACUCACAAUCCCAGUACUCACGAGGAGGAAGCAGGAAGAUAGAAAUUCAAAGGCAUCCUCAGCUCCAUAGGCUGGAGCCAGCCUGGGCUACAUGAGAGCCUGUAGAGCAAGCUAUCAGGUUUAAUAGCAGGAGGCUCAUAGUUGAUCACCGAGCCUCACUUAGCCUGUGCAGCUCAGUCAGUUUUUAACUAUGUUUAGGCUGUCCCUUGACACACUGUUUUCUUGUUCCCUUUGUGAGAGACACAGCUUUCUUUUAUGAAUGCAAAAUUUUACUGUUUUAGGUAAUUUAGUCACUAGCGACUCAGGAAGAUGCUAACAGACACUACAGCUCAACUUAAACUAUUUUAAAUCAAGCCAGACUUACGUCUCUAAUCCCAGCACCGGAGAGGCUAAGAAAACAAGAGGGUUGUAAUGAGUUUAAGGCCUACUUGAGUGAGUUCCGAGACAGCCUAAGCUACAGUGUAAGAGCCUGUCUCAAAACCACAAAUGUUAAUGUCCAAAGUCCUUUUAACUUAGAUUUGCUGGUAUGAUGAUCAACACAUACUUCUUGUUUGAAAAAAAAAAAAAAAAAUACUUCCACAGUCAAU